AUGGGAUCUCAUCUGCCACAGAGAGGGGAGCUGCCUGCCUGCCUGCCCCAGCCGUGCAGCCAAUCCAGCUCUGCCUCACGGUCUCUGGGACUCCCAAGAAUCACCAGACUGGCGGCUCUUCUGAAACACUGGGGUUGUUGGUGUGGCCAAAUUUUCCCUGGAUUUGACUGCCGUGAGAGGACUGAGGAAGGCACGUGGCGGAUCAUGACGGCCGACAAAGACAAAGAGCGGGAGAAAGAACGGGACAGAGAUCGCGACCGGGACAAGCGUGAAGGGGGAAAGUCCCGCAAGCAGGACCCUGACCGGGACGGAGAGAGCACCCGGCCCCGGCGUAGCUGCACUCUGGAAGGAGGCGCUAAGAACUAUGCAGAGAGCGAACACAGUGAGGACGACGAUAACGACAAUAACAGUACGGGUGGCGGCAGUGGGACAGCUGAGGAGGCCGGGAAGAAAGGCAAGAAGAAAACGCCCAAAAAGAAAUCCCGCUAUGAACGCACAGAAAAUGGAGAGAUUACCUCCUUCAUCACAGAAGAUGACAUUGUUUACAGACCUGGAGAUUGUGUGUACAUCGAGAGUCGACGGCCCAACACUCCUUACUUUAUUUGUAGCAUACAGGAUUUUAAAUUGAGUAAACGGGACCAUCUGCUGAUGAAUGUGAAAUGGUACUAUCGCCAGUCAGAGGUGCCCGACUCGGUAUACCAACACCUGGUCCAGGACCGCAACAAUGAGAACGAUUCGGGUCGGGAGCUAGUGAUUACAGACCCGGUCGUAAGGAGUCGAGAGCUUUUCAUCUCAGACUACGUGGACACUUAUCAUGCUGCUGCUUUAAGGGGGAAGUGCAACAUUUCUCAUUUCUCCGACAUAUUUGCUGCGAGGGAGUUCCGAGCCCGAAUAGACUCCUUCUUCUACAUCCUUGGCUACAACCCGGAGACCAGCGAGCAGCUCAGGGCGAUGGCAGACAUGGACGAUCUGUUCAGCCCCCGGAGGCGUCUGAACAGCACACAAGGGGAGAUCCGAGUGGGGCCCAGUCACCAAGCCAAACUCCCCGAGCUGCAGCCCUUCCCUUCCCCGUGUGGUCAGGCUGUGACCGAGAAUGAGGAGCUGGUGUGGAUGCCCGGGGUCAACGACUGUGACCUUCUCAUGUACCUCAGAGCCGCAAGGAGCAUGGCUGCCUUUGCUGGAAUGUGUGACGGAGGCUCAACAGAAGAUGGGUGCCUUGCAGCCUCUCGAGACGACACUACACUCAAUGCACUUAACACUCUUCAUGAGAGCAGCUACGAUGCAGGGAAAGCUCUCCAGCGCCUUGUGAAGAAGCCAGUCCCCAAACUAAUAGAAAAAUGCUGGUCUGACGAUGAAGUGAGUGGAGCUGUGGGCACCUCUGCUCAGGGAGGAUCGGGGCUCGGCUCUGGAGACGAGAAAAAGCGGUUCAUUAAAGGAUUGAGGCAGUUUGGGAAAAACUUCUUCAGGAUCCGAAAAGAGCUUCUGCCUAACAAAGAGACGGGAGAGCUAAUCACCUUCUACUAUUAUUGGAAGAAGACGCCUGAAGCUGCCAGUUGUCGAGCCCAUCGCAGACACCGCCGUCAGCCUGUCUUCCGCCGCAUCAAGACACGCACUGCCUCCACUCCUGUCAACACUCCCUCUCGGCCUCCCUCCAGCGAGUUCUUGGACCUCAGCUCUGCCAGUGAGGAUGACUUUGACAGCGAAGACAGCGAACAGGAACUGAAGGGCUACGCUUGCCGUCACUGUUUCUCUACCACCUCCAAAGACUGGCACCACGGGGGCCGGGAGAACAUCUUACUGUGCACAGACUGCCGCAUUCACUUCAAGAAGUACGGUGAUCUGCCCCCCAUCGAGAAGCCUGUGGACCCUCCCCCGUUUAUGUUCAAACCUGUGAAAGAGGAAGAGGAUGGACUCAGCGGGAAGCAUAGCAUGAGGACCCGAAGGAACCGCGGCUCGAUGUCGACGCUACGCAGUGGUCGUAAGAAGCAGACAGCCAGUCCUGAUGGCAGAGCCUCACCAACCAAUGAGGACCUGCGCUCAAGCGGUCGAACGUCACCCAGUGCGGCCAGUACGGACAGCACCGACAGCAAGACCGACAUGAAGAAGCCCUGCAAGAAAAUUAAGGAGGAGGCGCCUUCCCCCACGAAGAGUGCAAAGAGGCCAAGGGAAAAGGGAGCUUCAGACACAGAGGAACCAGAAAGGGCCAGUGCCAAAAAGUCUAAAACACAAGAGCUGAGCCGACCAAACUCUCCCUCAGAGUGCGAGGGUGAAGGAGAGGGCGAGAGCUCCGAUGGACGCAGCGUGAACGAGGAGCUCAGCAGCGACCCCAAAGACAUCGACCAGGACAAUCGCAGCUCGUCGCCCAGCAUCCCCAGUCCCCGCGACAACGAGAGCGACUCUGACUCCUCCGCCCAACAGCACCUGCAGAACCAGCACCCGGCGACCAUCCAGUGCCAGCCCGCUUCCUCCGUGCCCACCCCGAACACACCGGCCCCCUCUCAGCCCAUGCCAACACCCCCCUCUGCAGCGGCUGUGUCUCUACCUCCACAGCCCACACCUCAGGCCAGUCCCAUCGCUCUCAUCCAGUCAGGACCUGCACUUCACCCUCAGCGGCUUCCUUCUCCGCACUCGCCGCUGUCUCAAGUCCCGCCAACAGGCCCGUCUGCUCCUCCGCGAUUACCCAGCCCGCAUCACGGACCACCCAUAGUUCACCCGCUGCAGGCCGGACCCUCACACAUGCCUCACCCUCACUCUAUACCCCCCCAGGGCUUCCCCGCGGCACAGUCUCAGGUUCCUCUCCCUCCCAUCGCCAGCCAGUCACAGCAGAGACCACACAGCCCUCCUGUCCAAUCACAGCCGUCUUCUCAGAGCUGCGUUCAGCCGCCGAGAGAGCAGCCGCUGCCGCCUGCCCCCAUGUCCAUGCCCCAUAUCAAGCCCCCUCCGACCACACCCAUCUCGCAGAGCCACAAGCACCAGCCACACGCGUCGUCAGCCCCCUUCCCCCAGAUGCCCUCAAACCUGCCCCCUCCUCCUGCGCUCAAGCCCCUCAGCUCUCUAUCCACGCACCACCCUCCGCCCGCACACCCGCCGCCGCUGCAGCUCAUGCCUCAGGGUCAGCAGCUCCAGACGCCGCCCGCACAGCCGCCAGUCCUCACGCAGUCACAGAGCCACGCGCCUCCCCCUGCCCCCCCUCUGCCCCCAUCCGCAGCAGCGGUGCCACCUCACCCCAGUGCCGCAUCACAGGCUCCUUUCUCGUCUCACCCCUUCUCCGCAGUCCUACCUCCGGCCGCUCCCCCGCCUUCCACAAACUCUAUAUCAGCCUUACAGACUCCUCCCUCUGCGGCGGCGUCAUCGGUCUCCAUGCCGCUGCCCGCCUCCAUAUCGUGUCCGCCCGCCGCUGCACCUGUUCCACCCGUGCACAUCAAAGAGGAACCUCUCGACGAAAUGGAGGAGCCAGAGAGCCCCCCACCUCCACAGAGAAGCCCCUCCCCAGAGCCCACAGUGGUCAACACGCCAAGCCACGCGAGCCAGUCUGCGCGGUUUUACAAGCACUUGGACAGAGGGUACAACUCUUGUUCCAGAACGGACUUCUACUUCACGCCUUUGCCCAUGUCUAAACUGGCCAAAAAGAGAGAAGACGCUCAGGAGAGGGCCAAGCGGGAGGUCGAGCAGAAGGCGCGAGAAGAGAAGGAGCGAGAACGGGAGCGAGAGAAAGAGAGAGAGCGUGAGCGGGAGAGGGAGAAGGAGGCCGAGCGAGCAGCGAAAGCCUCUAGCUCUCAUGAGGGCAGAAUGGGGGAUCCUCAGAUGGCGGGACCAGCUCACAUGCGGGGGCAGUUUGAUGGUCCACCCACGACCAUCGCGGCGGUGCCUCCGUACAUCGGCCCCGACACUCCAGCUCUGCGCACCCUGAGCGAGUAUGCCCGGCCUCACGUCAUGUCCCCCACCAACAGAAACCACCCAUUCUUCAUGUCUCUUAACCCUGCGGACCCUUUACUGGCCUACCACAUGCCUGGCCUGUACAACGCAGAUCCCGGCAUGCGGGAGCGUGAACUGCGAGAGCGGGAGAUGAGGGAGAGGGAGAUUCGAGAGCGGGAGCUGAGAGAAAGGAUGAAGCCCGGCUUUGAGGUCAAACCUCCUGAAAUGGACUCUUUGCACCCCUCCACAAACCCCAUGGAGCACUUUGCACGUCAUGGCGCCAUCUCAUUGCCUCCUAUGGCAGGCCCUCACCACUUCGCCUCCUUCCACCCCGGACUGAACCCAUUAGAACGUGAGCGAUUAGCGCUGGCCGGGCCCCAGCUGCGGCCGGAGAUGUCCUAUCCCGAGAGGCUGGCGGCCGAGAGGCUCCAUGCAGAGAGGAUGGCCUCUGUCGCCAACGACCCCAUCGCCAGACUACAGAUGUUCAACGUGACGCCGCAUCAUCACCAGCACUCGCACAUCCACUCACACCUACACCUGCAUCAGCAAGACCCUCUGCACCAAGGUGGUGGUGAAUGUCUUGUGUGUCCUGCAGGCUCGGGGGCCCAUCCGCUGGCCGUGGACCCUCUGGCAGCUGGGCCUCACUUGGCGAGAUUCCCCUACCCUCCCGGAGCCAUCCCCAACCCCCUCCUCGGACAACCGCCCCAUGAACACGAGAUGCUGCGACACCCCGUCUUCGGUACGCCUUACCCUCGGGAUCUGCCCGGCGGUCUGCCCCCCCCCAUGUCGGCGGCCCACCAGCUGCAGGCCAUGCACGCGCAGUCAGCAGAGCUGCAGAGGUUAGCCAUGGAGCAGCAGUGGCUCCACGGACACCACCACAUGCACGGAGGCCCUCUGCCCGGACAAGAAGACUAUUACAGUCGGCUAAAGAAGGAGAGUGACAAGCAGCUGUAG